UUUAUAACACGUACUCGUGAUCUAACCGUCCAAAAGAUACGUGAUACGAUCCGCAUUUUAGAUCUUGUCAAGAGCUCCACUUUCGGGAUAAAGAAAAUGGCUUCGCCAGGUUUGACAAACAGUGCGAAGUGGUAGCAAUGGAGUCGAUGACUGCCCUGUGACUCUGGCUGUAUUUGUAACGGGGCCAUAUUUAGUAUGCCUGGUCAACGCAGCGACUCUACCAGAUCUGCAAACAACACAAUGGGCUCCAUUCCACAGCUUCCGUCUAUAGAAGAGGCCAUCAUGUCUACUUCAGUGGCAUCCACUUCCAACGUCAGCGCCACCUCGUCGCGAAGGGGCAAAACUCUUACGAUAUCAAGGAAAGAAACAAUUGAAUCAAAACGCGCUAAGAAAUGGAAUGCCAACGACAGUACCUCGCGCAUCGCUCCGAUGGUGAAGUGGUUCGUAGCUCUUACUCUUGGAUUGAGUUUUCUGGCCUGUCUUGGCGCAAGCAAAUUCUCCCUGAUACGACUGACACAGAGUCUAAGAGAUGCUUGCAAAGAUCAUAACAAUGUCCAGAUGAGGACAAGGGCGACCAGACGGUUUCUCAUGUUGGUGAUGACGAUGGUGAUCCCAGCGACUCUGAAUUUCUUAAGAGCUGUUUGGAUUGGUGGAUCCAGAAGAGAUUUGCCUUGGCCGAAGAAACGUGCAAUCGUAUUGACCGUGGUAUCGGCAGUGAUGGAAUCUGCCGGUCUGUGUCUCUUUGUUUGCAAGAUCCUGAUUUAUUACAAGGAGGUAUCCAGUAUUUUGAUGACGAGCAUGGUACUUGUCAUUCCAUUCGCCGACAACGCCCGAAGAUUCUUGAGAAAUCGACGGGACCCCAACGUCAUGUCCAAGCCUCGGAUGACAGUCGUCUCCCUUGGGCUGCUGUUGCAGGUCGCUGGGCUGUGCAUCAUGGCGUACUUCGCUUACCAGCAUAUUGAUGACGUCGUUCAGAUCUGGCACCUUCCCAUUGCAGUUGGUUGUCUGUCCUUUGCUUGGUGUCCAAGUAUUCAAAAGGACAUGAUGCAGUCUAGCGUUGAGGAGGAGAGAGAUGAUGAUGAAGAUGAUGAUGAUGAAGAUGGUCCACGUAACCUAGCCCACACGACCAGUACCCAGCAAAGUUCCAUAUAUGGAAGUGCCAGUGCCAACUCCAGUGGCGUGGCCAAGGUGACGAAGCCCAAGAAGAUUUUUCACAAGAAAUCCACGUGGAAGACUAGCAUCAUCUCUCACGCUGUGAAGAUUCCGUGCAUUUUCGUCUUCAGUUUCGUCCUCUUCUACUUCGACGAUUCCAUAUACGGCGGCAUCGGACUCACGGAACAAGCCCAUUCCGAGUUCGUAGAUGCAUGGGACGACUGGUUUACUAAACGCGAGUUUACCGAUUUUCUAAUCAACGUUCUGACGUCCAUUGCGGGUUAUUUCCUGGCGUUUCUUGCCUGCCACGGCUCCAUGCAGAAGCUGGGCUUCGCCGUGCCUCUCUUCCUGUCCUUCCCAGCCUACGUGACGGUGUUGUUCAUCUCAAGCUCUUGUGGGUUCGUUCUGAAGGGAAUUCAAGAUGUCUGCCAAGACGAUUUUCAACCUCUGUGGUUGGGGAUUGUCGGAUGCGUAGUCGUGAUGCUGGGGUUGAUAUUGUCCACAUCCUGGUUCGUGUUCCGAACUGACCGGGUUAUCCUUCAGAAUGAAACUCGGAUAUUUUGGUUGCCCAGUUUUAAUGGCGUCUUCCUGGAUCAGUGGCUGUUGCUGAAUCGUCAGUGUUACCUACCAGACAAAGAGCCGGACGAACCGAUGGUCAAGUUUAAACUUGGCCGCGUCUACAUCUGCACCACCAUGUACAGAGAGACCACUUACGAAAUGCGCCAGCUCCUGAAGUCUAUCAGUAGAGUGAACUAUGCCAGGGAAGAUGGCGGCCGGUUUUUCGAGUCUCACGUGAUCUUUGACGGAGGAGUUAGGAAAAGAGAACUCUCGUCGUUCGCGCUACAACUUAUCUCCCUUUUAGAGCCAACGCUAGGUAUUAACCCCGACACGUGUACUAAACUAAUCACACCAUACGGCAUGCGACUGAGCUGGAAUUUGCCUGUUCCACGGCGAUGUAAUCCCAUGACCUUCAACAUCCAUCUGAAAGACAACCAUAAAGUUAAGAACAAGAAACGCUGGAGCCAGGUGAUGUACAUGUCCUACGUUCUGGAUUUCCUUACAGACGAUGCGAAGGAUGAGGAGUGUUUCGUUCUGACCACGGAUGCUGACGUCAAGUUCACACCGGAGUCUGUGGAGGCCCUGCUGGAUCUGAUGACACGUGACUCGACAGUGGGGGCGGUGUGCGCGCGUACCCACCCAGUGGGAAGUGGCCCGUUAGUGUGGUACCAAGUGUUUGAAUACGCAAUUGGUCACUGGUUUCAAAAGGCUGCCGAACAUGUUCUGGGGUCUGUGUUGUGUGCACCGGGUUGUUUCAGCGUCUAUCGGUGCCGAGCCAUCAAGGAUAUCCUGUGCACGUACGCAACCGGUGUAGAACACGCGUUUGACUUCCUUAUCAAGGAUAUGGGAGAGGAUCGCUGGCUGUGCACGCUCAUGGUACAAAGUGGUUGGCGCAUUGAAUACUGUGCGGCGUCAGAGAACAGCACAAACUGUCCUCAGGAGUUUGAAGAGUUCUACAAACAGCGUAGGCGCUGGAUCGCGUCAACGAUAGCGAAUCUGAUGUUGAUCGUCCAGAAGUGGAGAGUUAUCACCCGUGUCAACCAGCGUGUCUCUGUCCUCUUCAUCAUCUACCAGGGGUCACUGCUGUUCUCCACGAUGAUCUCGCCCAGCACCGUCAUCCUCAUUGUAGCUGGAGGCCUGUCGUUUGCCUGGGAUAUUCAUCCAGUGACAUCCAUUGUUCUUCAGAUUCUAAUCUCUGUCAUAUUUGUCCUCGUGUGUCUGUACGCAUCCGACAAGAUACAAAUACUGACUGCUCAGUUCCUAACGUUCUUGUACGCUAUAGUGAUGAGUGCCGUUGCCGUGGGAACAGCUGAACAGAUAGUGACUGAUAUCUCCUCCGACGAUAAAGAUAUUUCUUUCGAAUUGGGCAUUUCGGCCACAACGUUCUACUUCAUCUGUCUAGCGGGUAUGUUCAUCCUGGCGGCGCUGCUUCAUCCGCGCGAGUUCCUGUGUCUGUUCCACGCGCUCUGGUACUUACUCUGCCUGCCCUCCGGCUACCUGGUCCUCAACCUGUACAGUAUCUGCAACAUCACUGACAGGAGCUGGGGAACAAGGGAAGAGAAAAUCGAAUCUUCUAUAACAAAGGAACCGUGGGAAACAAAAGUGAAAUUCUGGUUCAAGAAGAUAUUUUUUUGCUGCUUCACCAAAGAAAACAAAGAGACGACGCAAACAUUUGACGUAGAAGUGCAAACGCCGGCAGCCACUACGUCCACAUCUUGGCGCCCAGCCAAAGAACACAGAACUUCGACAAGCGGUGACCACCAUGAUCAAUAUAUGUCUGUAGAUUCCUCCUCACAGUCGGAGCACCCUAGCGACAAGACAGAUAUAGACUAUCACCAGCUUCCACCUGGCGAGUCGACAAGAGACAAUCAAGGUCGCAGCAGUGAAAGUGAAGACAACGGAAGUUCUGAAGCGGAAGAUGAUAUAGCGCUCCCGGUAUCAGUGGAGGACUGGUUACCAGUGGAGUUUAAGACAAAAUACGCGCAAUCGUUUCGACAGCAUGGCUUUGACAACACGAUGUUUAUUUCCGGGAUGAACGAGAAGGAACUGAAGGACAUCGGGAUUAAGACGAAGACCCACAAAAAGUUCAUUCUGGACCAGAUCGAACUCCUGCCAGCAUUUGAAAUCGAAUAUCACGUCCCAGGGAGUAUCAAGGAAUGGCUGGACACGAUUGGCCUGACUAUGUAUCAGGACUCCUUUAAGAGAUGUCAUAUUCGCAGACCUAAGGAUCUGAGUAUUCUAAAAACAUUCGGAAGAAAGGAAGUGGAAAAGGAACUCAAAAUAACGAAAGCUGGCCACAUCAAACGACUGAUGUAUGCUAUUAGAAAACUUCGAAAUCCGACUGAAGCUGAGAAAAGCGCCAUUGAUAUGAAAGGCAAGAUAGAUGCCUCCCCUACCCACUUCCUGAAGGAAUCUAAUGUUGGGGAGUACGAUUUCUGGGAGACGUUACGACAUGAGUGUCUCAAACCCGGCACGAAGGCAUUCGGGAUAGAAGAGGAGUUGAAAGUUAAACUGUGCGGUCUGAGAAACUCCUGGCUUCUCAUUUUUGCUGUCUGCAACACUCUGUGGCUCAUUCUUAUCACCACUCUUGCUUCGAAAGGAAACCUGACCAUUCUCGGGGCCAACCCUAUAGGGUUGAGUUUCAUUUUCAUCUUCGGGACCAUUUUCCUGAUACAGUUCUUGGCCAUGUGGAUCCACCGGUUCAACACGGCUGUUCACUUCAUAGCUCGAGCACCCUACAGAUGUGGCGCUCCACUAAAAAACGCGUGGUCCUUCAAGGACAAAAACUUAGAAAGGAGCACGAUGGAUCCGGACGAAUGGAAUGGCUUUCAGGCACUGCAAACGGAAAACAAGCGGAUUCAAGAGCGGCUGCGACGGCCCCAUCACCAGAGACAGCCAGUGGUGGAUUCCGUGACCAGCAUUGAAACUUCACCUCUCUUAUCUGAAGCUUAGAUUUGUGGAAUCAGUUUUGCAUGUCCUUUAAGCCACUACUUCCGUUAGUAGAUCUAAUCUAAAAAGUUGAAAUAACCGAAGAUAUUUCAUACAGGCUAAUAUCUAGCACUUAAGGCUUAAACGUACUUUGUUCUGCGAGUCAAUAAUCAUUUACAAUUAAAAUUUCCUCCCGCACUCCAACUAAGACAACAACAACAACAAAAAACACACAAAAAAACACAGAUUUUUAUCGUACAUGAAAAGAUUAUAAAUAUUUGCAGCUGAUAUACUAUCAUUUCAUUUCAACUUAUUUUCGUGCUUAUAUCCAAUUAAGGUCCAAGCACGCUGUCCUGGGCACAAACCUCAGCUAUCUGUCUGUCCAGGAAAGUGGGUUAGUUGUUAAUGAGAAAGAAGAGGGUAUAGUGGCCAUACAACUACCCAUUGAGCCCUUAAGAACUCGCUCUUGGUUGGAGCUGGUACCGGACUCCGUUGUCUAAUGGCUUAACCACGACGCCACCGAGGCCGUUUGAUGUACUAUCAAAUCUUGUUGAAUACUUACUCACGGUCCAAGAUCAAAACGCUUAGGCGAGCGGAAAAUCACCCCCAUCUACCUGCUAAGGCGAGUGAAAGCCAAGCGUUGUUAAUUUGUUAAGUGACAGGUUCCAAAUAUUAAUCAAACAUCAGUUUAUUUUUCUUCUAAUUUUAUGUUCAGUUUACUUCACUAGUGUAGUCCUGACUUAUGCCCCCUUCCAGGAAUGGAGUUAUUCAAACAUGUCAUGGGCAAUGCUGUGGAAAUAUAACUAUGAAAGUAGCCCACGUUUUGACAUGUCUUGAUACAGACAGCUUGAUUUUUAAUUACAAUAUGUACUAUUCUGAUAAUUUGACCCACACAAUUAUAGAUGCCUUUCUAAUGUCAGUUUGAUGAAUCCAAGUACACAUUUGUAUGAAUCAAUUUGUUUUGAAUGACAUUAUUACAACGAACAUGAUUAGGAUAGUUUGGUCCUCACACAUACCACAUGCUUUGGUAGAGGAGAGAGAGAGAGAGAGAGAGAGAGAGAGAGAGAGAGAGAGAGAGAGAGAGAGAGAGAGAGAGAGAGAGAGAGAGAGAGAGAGA